GCGGGAGGAACCGUGAUGGAGUAACGGGUCCGCUGCAGCAGCUGCUCGCUAGUGGCGUGUGUUGUGGUUCACCGUGGAGUAAUGGUUAACUCUAACGGACUUUGGAUGUUGCCGCCCGGGACUUCGCGUACGACGCGUGUGUUUUGACUCCAGUCACCGAGUACAGGUCGAGGGCAACCGGUGUACAGACUGACUCCGUGUCGUCGGAAGAGGAACGCAAACGGCCGCCGAGCUGCGCUUCUUCCUCACAACAAGCCCCCGCCGACGAACAUGAACUGCCUCUCUACGCCGACAGCAGAGUUGUGAGUUCUUUUUUUUUUUUUUUUUUUUUUUAAACUAAGCGGCCGUUUGAAGUCAUGGCGAAAGACUUCGCGAGGGCGUUCGCACAGACGUGCAGCUAUCUCCAGGAGCCCCGUCAUGUGGCCAGGUUCCAACACUUGUGCGGCGUCAGAGGGACGUUCACGGACAAGCCCGGCAAGCCGGAGAGCGGGACGUCGGAUCCGGACUGUCCCGGCCUGAGGAAGAGGGGCCGGAGCUCGGAGGUCGGCGUCGGGAACGGAGCAGCCUCGGAUGCCUCAGCACCGCAGCCCAACGGGAUGCAGCAGGGCGACAGUGCCGCGGGGCCUGGCGGCUCACCACCGCCGCCGCCGCCGCCACCGGCGGCAGCUGCUGUCGACUCGGACACCGCCAGAGCGAAACCCCUCAGGAGGAACUCCCUGACCGGAGACGUGGGUCAAGAGUUCCUGAUCCACAACAAGUUCCUCUUCUACCUGUUCACGUUCGGCACCGAGCUGGGCAACGAGAUGUUCUUCAUCGUCUUCUUCCCCUUCCUCCUGUGGAACAUCGACGCCCUGGUCAGCCGGAGGCUCAUCGUGGUCUGGGCCUGGAACCUGUUCGUGGGCCAGUCCACCAAGGACAUGGUGCGCUGGUCGCGGCCGGCCUCCCCGCCCGUGGUGAAGGUGGAGGUCUUCUACAACUCCGAGUACAGCAUGCCCUCCACACACGCCAUGACGGGCACCGCCAUACCCUUCUGUCUCUUCAUGCUGACCUACGGCCGGUGGCAGUAUCCCUUCCUGUUUGGUUUGUGCGUGGCUCUCAGCUGGAGUGUCCUGGUCUGUGUGAGCAGAGUCUACAUGGGGAUGCACUCUAUCCUGGAGGUGAUCACUGGCUUCCUGUACAGCCUCCUCAUUCUAGCCUUCUUCAAUCCACUUCUGGACAAGAUCGACACCUUCUACAUGAUGGACCACUACGCUCCGCUCGUGAUCAUCGUCUCCCACGUGAGCCUCGGACUUGUGGCCUUCUCCCUAGAUUCCUGGAGCACCUCUCGGGGCGAUACGGCCCAGGCCCUGGGCACCGGGGCAGGAGCUGCAUUGGCCACUCACGUGAACUACCAGCUGGGACUGCUGCUGGAUCCACCGUCGUCCUCACUUCCUCUCGCGCUACCGUCAAUCGGCACCGGCCUAGUGGUUCGCUCACUGCUGCGCUUCCUCUUAGGCGUCGCCGCCCUCCUUGCCACGAGGAUGGUCAUGAAAGCAGUGACCAUUCCCUUCUUAUGUCGACUGUUUGGGCUGCCUUCGGAUGAUGUGAGGCGUGCGAGGCAGCACAUGAAAGUAGAGCUGCCGUACCGUUACAUUGUCUACAGUGCUGUGGGUUUUAUCUGUACCUGUGUGGUGCCUCUCCUCUUUAGGAUCUUAAACCUUGCCUGAGUGAACUGUCAAUGUAAUGCUGACAUGUUCAUCCACCACACAAUGAAGGCAAACGACCCUUAGUUACAUGCAGAUAAAUGUUCUGUUUCAGAACAGAAAGUCGUUUAAAGGAUUAAUCUGGUUUUGUUCUAUGUUUUUCUUUUUUUUCUUAUUGUCAGCAAAUCCCAUGAAAAGACCAAAAUCCUCUAUGAAUGUAUCCUACUAACAAGUUAGUUGGUCCAUUGUUGUUGUUGGAAAACUAUUUAAAACACAACAAUGAGCCACACGACUGAACUGGCUGACAGGGUCAUUCAUUACAAUGGAAACUACCACUCUAGUUUUGUUUAUUCUUCUUCUUGUUUUUUAUUGUUUGCAUUUAUUUAUUUAGAUUUCACCAAACUAAGAGCGUGAGAAGUCUGCAACAAACGAACGUAAAAUGACUCAACACCUUCCCUUCUUAUUAUCCUUAUCCUUUUUUUUUGGAAUAUGCAUCGUAGAAAAUUUACUAAAACUUCUCUUGGCACUCCUUCAACUCUACAACUCUACUUCAUUUUGUUCUAAUCCCACAUCUGCAUUUGCGCUGUUGUAAAUACAUACAAAAUAUAAUAUAAACGGCUUAAAACGGUCGCAAAUAAAUGAACUAUAUACUCCAGUUUGAGUAUUGCCAGCUAAAAACUGCAGUGCCUUACUCUUGUGGAAAGUAUAUACUUGUGACAUUUAUGGAAAGAUUUACAUCUUCAUUAGGUGCCAGUGGGUUUAGAGCCAAGAGCCACAGACUGGGGGAAGACAGGAAGCACUGGGAGACGAACUAACCAAAUGUUUGUGUUGGCCUCUUCAAGGGAUUUGUUGACAGGAUGGGGGGAAAAAAGAAAUGUAAAAUGUCAACUGCUUCAUCCUUUUAAGAUCCUGUGGACCAGAUGUAAUGUACAGAUGAUGCUUGUAUUCGUCAUUGUUCAUUCCCAUCGUUUGAUUAUAAUAUAUGAUAAUUUUGUUGUUGGAGAAUUCCAGGUGCAAAGGAUAAACCACGAAUCAGUGUGAAGUCACACCACUUCUCAUUUGUUGUUAUAAUUCAAUUGUAAAACAGCCUGGAAGCAACGAUAUACAGUCAGUAUUUAUGCUCACGGGCAUCAGAAACAACUUUUCCUCUUAGUCUGAUAUUACUGUUUUCUCCCACAUCCAUAGUCCGCAUCAUCCUGUUGCCUUCUUUGUGUACAGUUCUUGUAUACCGCAACAUUAAUUAAUUUUGGCACAAAUGUAAACCAAGUGCUCUCUUGAAUAAUCAUUUAAAAGUAUAGAAUUAAGAAAAACAAAAUAUUUUUGAUAAUUUAUUUUAUCAUCUUUAAUAUCUCGGGCUCAAGUUUUUCUCUAGAAGAAAAAGGAAACUAAAUAUAUUGCUAUGAAUUCCACAGACAUAUCAGCUUGUCUUUAUAAAAACACUGAUCCUAGCACUUGUCUAAAUGUUGUAAUUGUAAUUUUUUCCCCCCUGUUGUAAUGUAUUAAUUGUUUAAUGUUCAUGUCAGUAUAUGAAUGCCAGAAAUCUCACAUCAUGAGUACCUGUGGAAUAUUUAUAGAUCGAAUAUUAUCAUCGAGUCUCAUCUUUGCUUUCUGUUUUUGCAAGGACUGUAUCUGAAAGAAAAUAUGGAAACAGGAAAAAUAAAAUAUUCAGAAAAUUA